GGCAUGCCCUGUGCUAAGGCAUGCCCGGUGCUAAGGCAUGCCGGGUGCUAAGGCAUGCCGGGUGCUAAGGCAUGCCCGGUGCUCAGGCAUGCCCGGUGUUAAGGCAUGCCCGGUGCUAAGGCAUGCCGGGUGCAAAGGCAUGCCCGGUGUUAAGGCAUGCCCGGUGCUCAGGCAUGCCCGGUGUUAAGGCAUGCCGGGUGCUAAGGCAUGCCAGUGCUGAGCUGGAGAGCGGGCAGUGAGCCGCCCAGGUGGCUCGGGCACGGGACGAGGACGAAGGCAACCCAAGAAGGAGUUUCCCCGUUUGGCCUCGAAGCCGACGCCUCCACUCAACGACGGAGUUGCUUGCGUCCCGAGCGAGGCGUCACCGCGCGCGAUGAAGUUGGAGAGAGCGACGCGCCGCGCCACAAGGCCUCGCCGUGCGGGCGUCUUGUUGCGCGCCACGCACACAACUCUCGUGGCACUUUGAGUCACGUCACCUCCUCCUCCUCCUCCAUUGCUAGGCAACCCCGCAGCGCCCUCCUCUUCCUCCCUCCCCACAGGACCCCCCUCCUCCUGCCCCCACCCCGACUCGCGUGCCACCGAGUGGACGAGACUCUAAAUAUUAAAAUAGCUCACGGAGUGGGGGACACUCGCUCGCUCGCUGUCUCUCUCUCUCUCGCGGUGUUUGAGCGCUGUGCGGAGUGGAGCGCUCUUCAAACCCGCGUCUCCGAGUUCGAUUUUCGCUCACGGACACCACCAGCACCGGUCACGACUGUCCGAACCGGUCGUGGGUCUCUCCUAGUGCGGUGCGUAAUCAUUGCUACGAGGGAGACGAAGGCCACCGGGCGUGGUGCUGGCCACCCACCCCCUCGUGUGCCGUGCCGGCUCUUCAUCGGCGCUGCUACUCGCUAACAGCACACUCGCCCCAACAGUCUGUGAAGGCUACACGGUGUGUGUGUGGGGGGAUCUUUCUAUUUAUUGUGAGCUGCCAUCCAGCAGCAGUCCAGCCGCGGUCUCCUCCCGGCUCUCGCUGCUGCUGCCUCGGUGUCCAAGGGGCGGACUCCGCGUCCCUCCUCCUCCUCCACCCGACCUGGAGCCACGCCGCCUCCGCUGCUGCUGCUGCUGCGCCCCGAGCCCAUGGAGUGACGAUGGUGGGGGGCUGCACGGGCCGACCAUGGGGGCCACUCACUCCUCUAAGAGAGUCGUGUUCGACGAGAACGAGGACGUUAACUUUGACCACUUUCAGAUUCUCCGGGCAAUUGGAAAGGGCAGCUUUGGCAAGGUGUGCAUCGUCCAGAAGCGGGACACGCGCACGAUGUACGCCAUGAAGUACAUGAACAAGCAGGUGUGCAUCGAGCGGGACGAGGUGCGCAACGUGUUCCGCGAGCUGCAGAUCAUGCAGGAGCUGGAGCACACCUUCCUCGUCAACCUCUGGUACUCGUUCCAGGACGAGGAGGAUAUGUUCAUGGUGGUGGACCUCCUGCUGGGCGGUGACCUCCGCUACCACCUGCAGCAGAGCACGCGCUUUCAGGAGGAGGCGGUGCGUCUCUACUUGUGCGAGCUCUCUCUGGCGCUUGACUACCUGCAGCAGCGCCACAUCAUCCACAGGGAUAUCAAACCGGACAAUAUUCUUCUUGAUGAACAUGGGCAUGCACACAUUACAGACUUCAACAUUGCCACUGUGGUGAAGGAAGGCGAGCAGGCGUCCUCCAUGGCUGGCACAAAGCCCUACAUGGCUCCCGAGAUGUUCCGCUCGUACGUGGAGGGCGCCCCGCGGUACUCGUCGGCCGUGGACUGGUGGUCGCUGGGCGUCACGGCGUACGAGCUGCUGCGGGGAUGGAGGCCAUAUGAGAUUCAUUCAAGUACCACUAUAGAUGAGAUCCUGCAAAUCCUGGACACCAAGUCUGUGCACUACUCUUCCUGCUGGUCGCAGGAGAUGGCCAGUCUUCUGCGCAAGUUGCUGUGUCUGAAGCCCAAGAACCGCUGGGCGAGCCUCGCCCGGGUGCAGGGCUCGCCGCUGCUGGCCGACGUCAACUGGGAAGCCGUGCUCCAGAAGAAGGUGACACCCUCCUUCCUGCCAAAUAAAGGGCAGCUGAACUGCGACCCGACGUUCGAGCUGGAGGAGAUGAUCCUGGAGGCGAAGCCGCUGCACAAAAAGAAGAAGCGACUGGCGAAGAGCAAGAUGCGCGAGGGCAGCAAGGAAAGCUCGCACUCGGAGAACGAGCACCUGCAGGAGUUCCUGGAGAACGUUCGCCAGGAGUUCAUCGUCUUCAACAGGGACAAGAAAUGCAAGGGCGCGCCGGCGAGCGAGGACGCGGAGCGCGACGAUGCCGUCGCCUCGCCGCCCGCGGACGGGGCGGGUAGCCCGCCCGACGACCCCGAGGCGGGGACGCGAAAGAACGGCUGCGGCUCCGUGUGCCACGUGGUCUCCAAACGGACUUAGCGCGCAGAGGAGAAUGCCGGCGGAUUGCAUGCGAGGAGAGGGGGUGGCCGCGAGGUGCGGAUGAUACCCGCGCUUUAGUCCCCGCCGGUGGCGCAGGAGAAAACACGAUACCUAUACGACUGUUUAAACGCCUGCUCCUCUAGUAAUGGAACAAUCCGCAGCUGUCACUAGACGACUAUUUAUAUGACUGAUGAAACUCCCACUUGUAAUUAUACAUUCACACAGUCGUGUAUUUAAACAAAUGUGUGGCUUGAAAGAUAAUUUAUAAGAGAAUUGGGUACUAUACUACAAUCAUGUUUCUGUCUGUGCGUUCACGUGUGUGUGUGAAAGGCAGCAGCUAAUGCGGGCCCAGGCCUUGUACGUGGGCUUGCUACCCCAUCCACAUUUACUUCCUGUAAUAAGCACGUGGAGGAACGGUGGGAACACCUCUCCAUGAUGUCUUCAACCAACGGUGAUAUGGUGGAGCCCAGGGGGUUCAAAACCACUGUGCCCCCACUCAGAGAGUUUCCAGAAAUAAGCAAAUUCUGCUGCUGCUGCUCACAAUCAUUGAGGUGGAGAGGCCCCGACUCCUCUGCCUGGAGCUCGACUGGUAGACCCUCGAUCUCCAUGGAAUACAGGUGUUGCUGAUCGUCGCGCAUGUCAUUGAAAGCACUGUACACAUUUCAAGCAGGGUCAGCUAUUUCUGCGAUAAUGUCAGCUAAUGGGGAGUGGCUCUUCUGAACAAGAUAAAGAAAGGUGUCUCUCUUGGGACAUGGCGGUGAGAUGUGGGAAGCUGUGAGCUCCAGUUGUAGGCUUGCCAAUCUAUAAAGGGUAUCUCCCUCUUCGGCGUGCCUGACAAACCACGGCAUGUGUUAUUCAAUGCCGUAUCGCCAUGCAAACUGAAGCUUGUACAAGCCCACUGUGGGGUCAGGCAGGCAUCUUAUUCCACAGUUACCUUAUUCUACAUCUGUCUAACGCAGAUAUAGGGAAUUUCACCAGUGCCUGCGGUGUACCCAAGUCACAUACCCACGAGUUGACAGCACCUCUGGGUGUGGAAUGGAAGUCCACCCCUCGUGUGACAUUCCCGUGGCUUUACCAAUAAAACUGCAUCUGUGGCCGAUGCAGAUGGAGGCUGUUAACCCGUGCGGUGUGCGCCAGUGAUCUGGUGAAUACAGCAUCUCCCGAGAUCGAGUUUUGAGAACUUGCUGUUGACCCAGGAACUCACCAAAGAGUGGGACUUUAACGCCAACCCUACUAAGAAAAAUAUUUGCCCCGGUAUUUUUGUAUCAUCAAUGGAGUGUGGAGGAGCAUUUGCAUCCAGGUAGCUUAAAGAUACUGGAAAGAUAUGGACCAUGUCUCACCCAUUGGGUUACUCUGGAAAUGAUGCCAUUGCCUGGGUCGUGUGGUUCAUGCAGUGAUAAGAGAAACCAUAACAUCUCACCUGCUAUGCAGGAGGUCGUGGGUUCGAUCCCGACGAUUCCUGGUGUAUCAAGGGUUUGCAAGAUCUCCCCCCAUGGUCACGUGGAUUUUUAUUCUCUGGGUUCCUUCAGCUUUGCUCUCAACAGUUUUUUUAUAUUCCUAGUAAAUAAAAUAGUUUAGUUUUAUGUACAACACCAAAACAAAUGUUGUUUGGCUGGAUAAAUGUUACUGCGAGCUAACUGGACGUGGCAUAGACCACCCAUCAAAAAUCUCAAUUGGCAAUUAAGUCCAUUGUUGCAAGACUCAAAGGAAUUUACAUGCAUUGUUUUUGGAUUCCACUGCGUAAAAUCAAUAACCGGUGCAUCUUGUUUCAGUUCCCAGUAUCAGACCGGAAACGUUUCUUCAUUGGCAUUUAAGGCACGUGUGAAAUUAAUGAUUGCAAUGGAUUUGUAUGCCCACGAUGCACGUGUCAAAUACUGUUAUAUGUGGAAACGUGAUUGAUUAUGUAAAUGAUUUGUGAAUGAUCCAUUUAGGUUGAACAAAAGAGCAAAAUAGUACAGAGGACAACAAGGGGGGAACGAUAUAAACUGGGCGGGAAAAAAGGCCAAAAAUGGAUUUGCAAAUGGAAUUAAAAUUAUGAAUUGUGACAAAUCAAAUUACAGCUUGAGGGUGGGAGGAAUAAUUAAACGCAUAAUUAAUCUCGGUAAUUUACCAACAAUUUCAUAUUCCUAAAUUGUUUCUGUACGAUUGAACUUGUAAGCUGUGUGUUACUUGUGGUGGAACUAGUGUGAACUAGUGUCCUGACCCAUUUCAAGGUGAACGCUGCUCUCUUAACAAUAUAUCAAUUUUUGUAUUAUAUAUAAGCAGUAUAGAGCAUGUGUUAAUGCGUAAAUAGUAUAUAUACUUUUUACAGUUAAAUAUGAAAUUUGUCUCCUGCUGAUAUACAAUCCGCUGAUAAAAAUGUCAUCAAUUUUUUUCGAUCGCACAUUUCAUUUCUGUGGAGGCUUGCUCCAUCAUACCAAUUUCAUGUUUAUUUGAUUGCCACAAAUCGGACGCAAUUCGAUGUUGAAUUAAAGCAAUCAUGGGCCACUUCACAACAACUCUGUGAAUAUACACAAUUGUUACAUUUUUACUCAGUGAUUAUUGGCCAUUUUUGCAGAUUUUUAAACCAUCGGCGAUGAUCGUCUUUCUUGGAUUGUAGAUUGUCUUGCUACACAACAAUUCGCGUCGUAUUUAAGAACGCAGUCUCAAUCGAACCACGGUGGCGAGAUGUUAACUACCUCGCCUCGUAUACAGGAGGCCGUGGGUUCGAUUCCGACUCUGACGAUGCCUGCUGCUGUAUAUUUGGAGUUUGCGUGUCUCUCUCCCCGUGGUCGCGUGGAUUUUCUCUGGGUCCAGUUUUCCUGUCCACAUUUAUAAAACACGCGUUUGGAGUAUUUGACUGCUGUAAAUUUACACGUGAUAAGCCACUUCGUUGAGCUUUUAUUUGUGGCCAGGUCGCUUCUGAAAAAUAGCUACAUAGUUCAGAGGGCCUUACCUCGUAAAAUAAAAACAGAAGUAGUAUCACCUCUCGAAGCCAGUCCUUCUACAAUCCAGAAUUAGUGUCUCGAGUGCCUCUGGUGGUGCAUCACAGUUCUCAGCUUUAAGCGGCUCACCGUUUUUCUGGCCCUUUGGGGAAGACAAUCUGAAAGUAUUAAACAUUUUCAGGUAAGGUCA